AUCAAAUUUAAUAAUUAAAAAAACAAUAAAAUGUCUAAAUUUAAUAUAAUUUUGCUGCUCUUUUUCUUAAAACUUAAAUUCCUACAAAGUCAAAACCCUAAACGUUGUGACUUUAUAAAAAACAAUCAGUUUCUGGAAUAUUGCCGUGGCGUCUAUCCUCAAGAAGUUUCUAUUAAAUAUCAUGAUUACUGGAUUAAGGUGGGAGAACCAUUCAUUUUAUAUCGUUCGAAGAUAACUCAAACGGAAUAUAUAGUAUCCUUUAAACAUUCCCCGUUACACAAUUGUAAAAUUAUUGAAAUUAUCUCUACCUUAAAUUUCACUUGUGUCCAACACCAACAAAAGGACCAAGAAUUGAAGCCAUUAUUUUUAAAUGUUGCACUUGGCGCCUGUUUUCCAAUGAAUUUAUAUGUCACCGAUGAUUUGUUACGCAUUUGUUUGCAUCAAAAUAAACGCAAUGAAAAGUUUAAAAAAUCAUCGAAAAGUGUUUUGCAUUAUGCACUGGAUCCUGAGCUAACCAGUGGUGGAGGGGUAGCUGUUGGUGUUGGCAUUAUUGGUAAUUGGAUAUGGUUAAUAUAUCAUCUAAGCCUUAAAUGGUUAAUUGCAUUCAUGUAUUUAUGGUGAAAUGGAGUUUUUCGCUUAAUAUUUUCAGAGUAGUGUUAAAUGUAACGUAAAUAUUGUUCUAAUUUUUAUAUUCAUAUGUACAUAUGUAUGUUAACCGAAAACAUUGUAUUGAAGUCAGAUAUUUGUGCCGAAAAGAGAUGUGUGCAUUUUGAAAUUUUAUUUAAACGAAAAUAUACAAAUUUCUUUUGUGCAAUAAAUUGUUGUUAAUUG